GUUGGUUUGUUUAUAUCAUUUUUUUUUUAUAUUUGAAAAAUCAUUUUUGUUUAAUUCAAAUUGUCAAAAUUAAAAGUUGAUACUUUUCCAAAAUUAAAACUUUUCCAAUCAAAAUGUCUAAAAAAAGAAAUUUCACUUCUAACGAUCUUUCGAAUGAUAAAAAUAAAAAAAUUAAAAUUGAUGAAAACCUUGAUUUCACAUCUUCAAAUUUUCUACAAAAAAAAGUUAAAGUUGGAGAUAAGUUUGUGUCUGUCGUGGGUUAUGUAGAAACUAUACAUAAAUUAAAAAAAAUAAAAUCAAAAAAAAGUGAUUCAAAAGAUGAGUUUGACCUUUUUAAAUUCGUUUUGAACAACAAUGAUAAUUGUCGAAUUUCAUGCUUGUCAUGGAGUAAUGCUGCGUUCAAAUUUUCAAAUAUGAUCAAGGAAAAUCAAAAAAUUCUUUUUCAAAAUUUGACUGCGAAAGAGACAUCAGAUUUUAAUGAUGGAAAUAUGUCUUAUGAAUUGUUAUUAAACAACUCUUCUAAAUUAACUCUUUUGGGAACUUUUGAUAUUUUAAAAGAGCAAAAUCAGAUAAUUGCAAUAGAAUUUAACAAAGAAAAUGUACUAAACAGUACAGGAUAUAUUAAAAUUGAAGGUUAUUUAAGAGAUAAUUUUAUUCCAAUCAAAAUUAAUUCAAAUAACUAUUUUGGAAGUAUUACAAAUGGCGAACAUAAAAUUAUUAUUACAAUUCAAAAUUUUUCCGAGGAAUGCAACUUUCAGCAGGGACAAAAAUUACGAAUUAUUGGGCAAUUAUAUGAAAACGAUGACUUUAGUAUUGCAAUUCAAGUACAAAAUGAAAAACAAAUUACAAUUCUUUCCAAUGAACCUGAUAUGUCCUUGAAACUAUUACUGGAAGGAGGAGAGUUAAUUUAUAAAUCAUAAGAAAAUGAUGAAAUUUUAUUGUGUCCUUAACCUCCAAAUUAAAUCUAUAUAUAUAAAUCUAUCUACCAACAU